AUGUCUGGCCUCGAGGCCAUUGCUACGGCCCUGACGGUCGUCGAGAUCAUUGGCCGUGUGGUCAAGGUCUUUGGCACCCCGCGCAAUGCCCCUCGCCAGGUCCAACGCCUUCGGCGCAUCCUCGAGCAGCUCAAGGACAAUGCAGACCUCCUCGAGUCGGCCACCGAAAGGGACCGCCUGGCCCUCGCAGACAUGAUCAACCGCAGCCAAGAUCUGCUUGAGAAGCACGCGCCCAAACCCUCGACUGGGGAUCGUGUUCGGGACUUCCUGUGGCCUGCCCGUGCAGAGGACGAGCUCAGGAACUUCAAUGAUGAAAUCAGCGCAGAGCUUGCUCUGUUGUACAGCAAAAGUCGCGCCAAAGGCACCCGAGGGGGACAAGAGCCUGUGCCUGUAGACCCGGCUCCACUAGGCGAUGGUAGCGACAGAAGCCCAAUGACUAACUCCGAGGCAGUACCAAGAGGCAUCCUUCGCUUCGAGGACAACAGUAUGGAUGAUUGCACGGUGGUCUUCCUGGAUGCUCAUGACAUCACCAUCCGAGACGACAGGGGCUACCGUAUCAACCGGGUUCACGCAGAGUAUCAGUUUGAGUCUGUGGAGGCACGGGAGACUUUUUUGCUCAAAGUCAGAGAACGAGAACUUCUAGGACGAUAUUUUGCUCGGGCCGUGCUUCAUACAAAUGGGAAGAUCAUCACUCAGCAAAAAGUCAUACGGAUAUGGAAAAAAGGAUCCGACGCAGCCGGGUCGAAUCUGGCACCACCCCAGUCUCUGGCAUCUCGAGACAGGGUCACGAUAUCCUUUCUCGGGCGCGGCGGUCAGCAAUUCGAGCGCCCGCUAGGAGAGUUCAGACGACAUCCGAAGCAAGACGGCCCUGGGAACAACCGAAUUACGGUCGAAAAUCUCACAGACAGCACCGGUUUUGUCUUCGAAUUCGACCCACCAGCUCAGCGCCGAUCGUCCAGCUUUAACAGGCUCAUGGGGUUUUCUUCCCCACCUCGAGUCCCACGAGUCGGUGACGCUGAUUCAUUCUUGGCCACGUUCAUGGAGCACCAUCCUGCGACAUCGACAUUUAUGCCAUUACCAUCUCCCGCAGUCUCGAUUAGAUCCGCACUUUUCGCAGCGCAGGCCGUUGAGUGCACGACAGCGUCGGAGCAGGGCCGCAGCUCAAGCACCGCAGAUUCUGAUGAGAGAUUCUCAGGGUAUAGCUGGACAGCAAGCAGCCCUGGCACGAGCGAUUCCCGACCUAUUGUGUCUGGCAGGGAUUCCGCGCGUGAUACUAGUACAGACCUUUCGACAUCCCCAGGAACCAUGUCAGAAAACAUGUCACCCGACUUCGCAAACGAGCUAGCGAUUCGCUUUGGGCUAGAUGAACGGCCAAGUGGCAGUCAAGUCGGAUCGGAUGAUUCUCGACCGUAG